AUGAAGGCGUGGCCACUGGUCGCGACCCUCCUCGUCCUGCUAUUCGGCCUCGUCACCUCCGCAACCCAAAACAACGCCGGCGACUUGAUUGCGAUCACUUCAGUUGAGCGGCGCGCCGGGGGCCUUGAAAUCCGCACUCCCAAAGGCGGCAAGGGAGGCGGCGGCAGCUCGUCCGGCGGCGGCGACGACGACGACGACGACGAUGAUGAUGAUGAUGAUGAUGAACCUAGCAACCAAGACUUCCAGAACUGCUCGAACGGCGGCAAAACCUGCAGCGAAUGCUUCGGCAGCGGUUACAUUUCCUGCGUCACCCCGUCGAAUGUCUGCUACAACCCUUCGACCCAAACACGCAGCAAGGUCUGCGUCCAACAAGGAAACUCCGGCUCAACACAGCUUGCUGGCUCCCUCGGCCUCGGCGCGCUGGGAUUGGCAAUUGUGUUGCUGUAG